AUGCGAGGCUCUAUUGGCCACGCCCUAGUCGGGCUAAGCAUCUCGGGUCUUGGCCUCACAGCUGCCGUACAACGCGAUAUCGAGAUCGUCCGGUUUCAUGAUCUUGGCCCUGUGACAGCCGACUCUCUGCACAAUAUUCAUGUCGAAUUCCUCGAUGACUCCUUUGAGGGACACUUGAAGCUGGUAUAUGGAGACUGUGGCAUGGAAAGUCCCAUGCACAGUCACCAUGACAUUGGCAGCCUCUUUAUCAAACGAGAGGCAAAGCCAGACCGUUUUGUCUGGAUAACUCCCGAAGAUGCGCCUCAUGCGCACUGUCUCCAUGCAUUCUCUGGAUCGACCCUGCUUGGUCGUUCUUCACCAGUCAGCGUGGCCUCGCCCAUCGCCAAGCGCGAGAGUAUCGCCGAUGUGGCCGAUGCAAUGGGUCCCUGGUUCGACGGUGUCGCCUAUAUGAAGUCCAAGAAGAAUAAUAAGGCCUUUAUCACCAAGGCAAAGAACACCUCAGUUGCUAUCCUGGGCGGAGGCAUGUCUGGCCUCAUGACAAGUCACCUACUAGAGUCCGUCGGCAUCCACAACUGGCACAUCUUCGAGUCCUCGGAGCGAGUUGGCGGACGUAUUCGCACCAAAUACCUCAACAACACUCGGCCGGACCAAUACCAAUACCAGGAAAUGGGACCGAUGCGUUUCCCUGUCAGCAUCAACUAUGCAGACACCAACGAGACCCUCGAGAUUAUGGAUCACCGCAUGGUCUUCCAGCUGGCUGGCGUGCUCAACGAGAUGAACUCUGAUCGACCUGAUCUGCAAGUCAACUUCAUUCCUUGGGUGCAAAGUAGUCCCAAUGUUCCCGCUUCAUCAGGUGGCAAUCGCCUACCAAAUGGCCGUAUUCCCACUGCAGCAGAAGUCAAAGCCAACUCGUCUCUUGUAUACACAGCGGCAUCAUCUAAUGCAACUGCCGUCGCUGAUGCCGAGGCUGCGUAUGCAAACUAUACCAAACUGGAAGAUCGUGCCACCAUCCAAGCAAUCGCAACCAAUAUGUACCAAGCUCACAAGAAAGCCGUGGAAGAUGGCAUGUUCCACUGGUCUGAAGCUGGGUAUCUGCGCUAUGCCCUGGGUUACAACGCAAACAUCAGCGAUUAUGUUGCAGGAACCACCGACUCUCCCAUUUGGGGUGACUUUUACGACGACGUCUACUUUGCCGCAACCAAGUGGCGCACCAUUGACAAGGGUCUUGAAUCCCUGCCUCGUGCUUUCUAUCCUCAUGUCGCUGACAAGGUCACUUUCAACCGCACCAUUCAAAGUCUUAUCUACAACGAGACGACCGAGAAAAUUUCUGUCGCAUGGAGAGACGACCCGCUGCAGAUGAUCCCCAAAACAGCCGAAUUUGAUUACGCAGUCGUUGCAGCACCAUUCAGCAAGGUCCGGCUCUGGGAUCUGCCCAGAUACUCCUCCCUGUUGAGUCGUGCCAUUUCCUCGCUGAACUACGAUCCUGCUUGCAAAAUGGCACUGCUGUACAAGACCCGAUUUUGGGAACACAUGGAGAAUCCCAUCUUUGGUGGAUGCGGUUCUGUCGAUGUUUCUGGCGUAGGAAGUGUCUGCUAUCCUUCCUACAACAUGAACGGCACCGGACCCGGUGUUAUUCUCGCCUCGUAUAUCUCCGGCACAGCGGCGCGCUCGACCGCAGCUCUCAACCCCGAAGAGCACGUCGCUCUCAUUCAGCGUACCAUGGUCGAAGUGCAUGGUGAUAUUGCUGCUGAGCAGUUCACUGGUAUUUACGAUCGACAGUGCUGGGAGUUUGACCGUCAUCAGGCUGGUGCUUGGGCGGAUCCGCUUGUUGGCCAGCAGGAGCUGUACCUGCCGGCGUACUAUCAGACAGAGUUCAAGACAAUCUUCAUCGGUGAGCACACGAGUUAUACACAUGCUUGGAUCUUUUCGGCUCUUGACUCCGCGGUGCGUGGAACGACUCAGCUGCUGCUUGACCUUGGCCUUGUUGAUGAGGCCAAGUCUAUCGUGGAGACUUGGAUGGGUAGGUGGAUCAAGUUGUAA